UGUUAUUUUGGAAGAAGGGACGGAAUGGAAUGGACCUGGUCCUUCUGGUUGGACAUUGCCCGGCCUGCGGUCUUCUCUGCUUUGCCUUCCCCUCCUCCCCCUUCCAGUGGGGGGUUCUUUCUUUUCCAUUGGAGCUGGCCCCUCAAGCCUCAAGGCAAGCACGCGGAGGCGAUACAAGGCAGGGAGGGGCCUUUGCUCUGCUCCUGUGCCGAUCCAGUCUUCUAUGUAUGCGCUAAUUGGUUGGUUGGUCCCAGAGAUUUAGCCUCUGGCCUGCCAUAGUCUGAGAUUUCCAUGCCCGUAUCUCUGAGGCGGAUUCUCUGUGUCCAUUAGCAGCACCCGACGGCGACCCAUGGAGGAGGAAUCCCACUUCCCUCUCCGGUGGGAGAGCACCGGGGACCAGUGGUGGUACGCGACGCCAAUCGACUGGGCGGCGGCGAGCGGCCACUACGACGUCGUCAGGGAGCUCCUCCACCUGGACGCCAACCUCCUCGUCAAGCUCACCUCCCUCCGCCGCAUCCGGCGCCUCGAGUCCGUCUGGGACGACGACAUGCGCUUCGCCGACGCGGCGAAGAACCGUGCGGCCGUCGCCCGGUGCUUGCUCCUCGACUGCGAGUCCCGCAGCCGGGGGAACCGCCUCAUCCGGGCCGGCUACGGCGCCUGGCUUCUCUACACGGCGGCCGCGGCCGGGGACGCCGGGUUUGUGCAGGAGCUCCUCGGGAGGCAGCCACUGCUGGUGUUCGGCGAGGGAGAAUACGGCGUGACCGACAUCCUGUACGCCGCCGCGAGGAGCAGGUGUUCUGAGGUGUUCCGGGUGCUGCUCAACGCGGUGCUGUCUCCGGCAAUUUCGCCGGGGGAAGACGCCGCCGAGGAAUUGGGGGACGGCGGUUUUGCUGCCAAUGAUGAGGGAUACCUGUUCAGGCGCGAGAUGAUGAGCCGGGCAAUGCACGCCGCGGCAAGGGGAGGCGACCUAGAGAUCCUCAAGGAGCUCCUGCAGGGCUGUCCAGCUGCUGCGGCGGGGUACCGGGACGCCCAGGGCGCCACGAUCUUGCACGCUGCGGCUGCAAGGGGGCAAGCUGAGGUCGUGAAGGAUCUAAUUAUCUCUUUCGAUAUCGUCAACUCUGUAGAUGACCAGCAGAAUACAGCAUUGCACAUAGCAGCUUUCCGAGGUCAUUUACCCGUGGUGGAGACCCUCAUCACUGCGUCCUCAUCACUUAUAUCAGCUACAAAUGAAGUUGGUGACACGUUCCUUCAUAUGGCACUCACUGGCUUUAGGACUCUUGGAUUUCAAAGGCUCGAUCAUCAGAUGGAUCUUAUGGAGCAAUUGAUCAGUGGAGCAAUCAUUGAUGUCAGUAGUGUUAUAAAUGUGCAAAACGACGAUGGAAGGACAGUUUUUCACUUGGCUGUGGUUGGCAAUCUGCACCCCAACCUCGUUGAGCUUUUGAUGACCGCACCAUCUAUUGACCUCAACGUCCGUGACAAUAAUGGUAUGACUCCUUUGGAUUUACUGAGAAAACAGCUGCUGACAGCAUCAUCUGAGAUACUCAUCAAGGAGCUAAUUUUAGCUGGUGGGAUAUCAAAUUCGAGGGAUCAUGAGAUAAGGUCGGCUAUCGCUUCUCAACUGAAGAUGCAUCACAUUGUUGGCAGUCCAGGGACUUCUUUCAAGAUCUCAGAUGCUGAGAUUUUCCUCCAUGCAGGUAUUGAUGUGUCAGGCAUCAGCGAAAGAACAAACCCAUUUUGUAGUGUUGGCAAGCCUGAAGUUGGAAUCCAGCAACCAGGUCUCAAGAGGCUGAAUUCUAUGCAAAGCACCGUGAAACAGCUAAAGAUCCUACUCAGAUGGCCUCUCCGCAAGGAGAAGAGAACAGCCUGUGGCUCGAAGGAAUUGGAUGAGGACUCCGUCUCGGUGGAUUCAGUCAGGAACUGGAGUCACGUGGAGACCCCAACACCUCUGAGGCAAAGAUACUCCAAGAUGAGCUCCCUGUUCGGCAACAAGCGAACCUUUGCAACCAAGAGCAUGCCGAGUACAUCAACAAAAAUGAAGUUUUCAGCUGGGAACAUAAAGCCAGAAUCUCCUUCAACUUCUGGCUCCUGGUCGUCGUCAUUAUUGGUUGACAAAAUCAAAGCAGUCAAUCUGGACAAAGACGAACCAUCGCCCAAUGUCAGUGGGGUGAUAAGGCAUACACCCAAGAAAUAUGGAUCUCUUAACAGUAGGCUUAUGAAUCAGUACUUCGGCAUUGGAGAGCAAACCUUGGAGGAUUCAACCUCCGGGCAGCAGUCGAGUUGGUUGCUCAGACGGUCGCUUCUGCCAGUUGCCUGAUCACAGGGUGACCCAAAUCGGGCUCCGCUUGUUUCCUUUGAUUUCUUCAAUGCUUACAUGUUACAGCUACUCUGAUAUAACCAGAUAGGGGCCUUUCUAAGUCUCAUGUUUGAGUUUGCAUUUAUGUGUUACUGAUGAGGCCACGUAUAUAAUAACUUAUCAGAUCUUUUUAUUUUUAUUUUUUUGAAAGGAAAUAACUUAUCAGAUCUAAUAAUGUAAUUGAAAGCGUGAUUUGGAUCAUGUGGUAUAAAGUCAUAUGGAUAGUGUGUUGACAUGUGCUUUUUAUUCUGUUUGCAGCUGAGUUUCAAACAUGACAAGGCAAUUGUGAUGCAACUCUUCAGGUUAUUCAUUUCCAUGGAAAUAAUAGUCAGUUGCACAAGGCGACUCUUCAGCUUAUUACAUAAUGCUCGUGAAAAUGCAGCCGUGUUAAUCAUUUCUUCACAUGUGCCUGUUGUUAUUUUACCUUUUCUUUUAGGAUGACAUGUACCUGUUCUUGAGAAUACAGCUGUGUCAAUCAUUUCUUCACAUG